AAAAGGCAGGCUAGAGAGAGAGAGAGAGAGAAUCUGAGAAAACAAAAAAAGAGAAGAAUUGAUACACCAUCUGAUCAGCUGAAAUCGAUUGGAGAAAAUGGCUUCGGUUGUUGCGAAACCAUGUAGUAGUGGUAGUGUUACUGGCAGUUCGAGUCAUUUGUCAUCUGUUAUGGUGGUCCAAGAAAAAGGGAGUAGGAAUAAGAGAAAAUUCAGGGCUGACCCACCACCUGUGACGGAUUUAAACCAAACGAUUACGAAUGAGUGCCUGGGUUAUGAGUUCUCUGCUGAAAGUUUUGUGACUAAGCGUGAACACCUGAACGGGUGUGACAUGUGCAGUUUUGGCUGUGGGAAUACGGAUCCUGUUGAACUUGAUCUUGGGCUUUCUUGUUCGGUUGGAGUAGCGUCGAAUCAUAAUCGAGCGGAAAUAGAAGCGAGUGAUGAGUUUCAUGAUGCAGAUUGGAGUGAUCUUACAGAGUCUCAGCUAGAAGAACUUGUUUUGGCAAACUUGGAUACAAUUUUUAAGAGUGCCAUCAAGAAAAUAGUAUCUUUUGGUUACACUAAAGAAGUUGCUACCAAGGCUGUUUUGAGGUCAGGUCUUUGUUAUGGUUGUAAAGAUGCAGUGUCGAAUAUUGUUAACAACACUUUGGUUUUCCUUAGAAAUGGCCAAGAGGUUGAUUCGUUAAAAGAACAUCAUUUUGAAGAUCUACAACAGAUGGAGAAGUAUAUAUUGGCUGAACUGGUGUGUGUGGUUCGUGAAGUCAGGCCUUUUUUCAGCACAGGGGAUGCAAUGUGGUGCUUGUUGGUAUCAGAUAUGAAUGUCUCUCAUGCUUGCACAAUGGAUAGUGAGGCAUUGAGUAGUUUAGUCGGUGAUGCAGCCUCAAAUGGUUGUAUUUCCGAAUCGUCAGAAGUGCAGCCAAAGAAGGAAGCAAAUAAUACAUCAAGUCCUCAAAAUCCCUGUAAACCAAAUCAUUCUUCCCUUUGCACCCAUAGUCCUUUGGAAGCACCUGUAACGGUGCCUAUAACACCAAACAAGGCAGAGGCUCCUCAAUCUAAACCAAAGGCUCCUUUUGUUUUAAAUAAAUUUGUAUCGGAGAAAGAGAACCAUGAUACUAUGCAUCAACCGGUAAGUAAAUCAUUCAGUCCCUUGUCUCAAAACCAUGGAGAAAAGAAUGUAAGUGGUAGAAAGAUUACUGGCAUUAAUAAGAGAGAAUCUAUACUGAGACAAAAGUCAGUUCAUUUGGAGAAAAGCUAUCGUACAUAUGGUUCUAAAGGGGUUUCUAGAACAAAUAAACUCACUAACUUUGGUGGUUUACUUUUGGAUAAGAAACUAAAGUCUGUCUCAGAAUCUACAGGUAUCAAUCUUAAAAAUAUCUCUUUGAAAAUGAACAAAGGAAUGGGGUUUAGUUUGUCUCAAGAAAAUAUAACCAAUAAUGGUUCCACACAAAUUGGACUCGCCUCUUCUUCAGUAUUUAAUACAGGAACCAAUGAUAGUAGUGUUUCUACGAUACCAAAAACCAAUAUUUCAGCUAACCCUUCUGCAUUAUCUGUAGCUGAAACUGAAUUAUCUCUUUCACACCCCCCAAAACUCAACGUUACUUCAACUUCUGAUGCUUCUAAUCCUAGCUUUUCAGCCAUACCAUAUGACAAGUCUUUUAAGCAGUGGAUGUCACUUGCUAAAAAGGAUGAAACAAUUAUGAAGCUGGUUCCGAGGGUGCAAGAGCUGCAGAACCAGUUGCAGGAAUGGACCGAAUGGGCUAAUCAGAAGGUUAUGCAAGCGGCUCGAAGAUUGGGUAAAGACAAGGCUGAGCUGAAGACACUUAGACUUGAGAAAGAAGAAGUCGAAAGGCUCAAAAAGGAAAAACAAACAUUAGAGGAUAAUACCAUGAAGAAGCUCUCUGAAAUGGAGAAUGCUUUGUGUAAAGCCAGCGGGCAGGUAGACCGAGCUAAUUCUGCUGUUCGUAGGCUGAAGGCGGAGAAUGUUAAUUUGAGGCAUGAGAUGGAAGCUGCAAGUUUAAGGGCUGCUGAGUCAGCUGCCAGCUGUGAAGAGGUGUCAAAAAGAGAGAAAAAAACACUGAUGCAAUUUCAGUCAUGGGAGAAGUUAAAAAGCUUGUUUCAGGAGGAGCUUAUAGCUGAGAAACGCAAGUUUACACAGCUGCAACAAGACCUGGAACUAGCUAAAGCACAGCGAGAUCAACUUGAGACCCGAUGGAAACAGGAAGAGAAAGAUAAAGAAGAAUUGGUUAACCAGGCCAAUACAUAUAGGCGAGAACGGCUUGAAGCUGAAUCUUCAGCUAAAUUAAAGCAGGAUUUAACAAGAUUAAAAGCAGAUAAAAGUCUGCAAAAAUACAAACAAGAUAUCGAAAAGCUUGAGAAGGAAAUCUCCUUGCUGAGUCUAAAAACCGAUUCUUUGAAAAUAGCCGCUUUAAGGGGAGGCGUUGAUGGAAGUUAUGCAAGUAAAUUAACUGACAUCAAAACCUCAUAUCCCCAACACAAAUCUCAGACACCUGUUAUCUCCAAAAUCGUCAACGAGUUCCAUGGAGGUGUGAAGAGGGAAAGAGAGUGUGUUAUGUGUUUGUCAGAAGAAAUGUCGGUUGUUUUUCUUCCAUGUGCCCAUCAAGUCGUGUGUAAAACGUGCAAUGAGCUUCAUGAAAAGCAAGGAAUGAAGGACUGCCCUUCUUGUAGAGGACCCAUUCAGAGGCGUAUUUCUGUACGCUAUGCUCGUGCUUGACAUAUUUAUUAAAUCAAGUCGAGUUUUUCUUUGCAAAAUAAUUGAGUUGCGGGGUAUAUGUCCUUGUUUCUGUUUUGCGUGUAAUUGUGCUAUUUACGGACGUUUUCACAUUUGAGGUUUGAUAUUAUGAUUGCUUAAAACCAGUAUCUAUAUUCAGGUUUUAUGUAAUAAAUACAUGUAUCUUUUCUAGCCAUGAGCUGGCUAGGGUUAUAUCAUAAAAAAAGUGGCUUUGUUA